AGAAAGAUUAGAAGAUAGUAAAACUUUUCAUACAAUUGAAACUUAUAAUAAAAGUGGUAUUGCAUUACAUGGAUCUAAUCAUGGAAUUAUGUCAAGAACAAUGAAUUCUAUUAAAAAAACUG